AUGAAGCCCAGCACCUCGAAGGAAAAUGGCUUGAGGUAUACUACGGAAGAGGCGCUUCAGGCACUUCAACUGCUGGGCGCUCCGGAAAUAUCACUCGAGGAUUUCGAGCGCCUUCAUCGCGGUGCAAUGGGGAAACUCCUCGACUCUAUCAUCUCCCAUAUGCAAGGCAGGCAACGCGUGUCUGCUGCUAGAGCUGGUAUACAGAAGAGGCGAGAUCAGGUAGCAGCCGACCCACGCGCUGGCAACAAGUUUUCAAAAGACGAACCGCUCGAAAACCUCAGACGAGCCACUUCUCGCCUGAAUGCCGCGCAGAAGAGUGUUGAGGUUUACCAAGACGAGCUAAACGCGCGGCAAGGUGCUCUGGCCAAAUCCCAACGCGAGCUCGACCAAGUCACCGCCGAACUAGACUCAAAGCAACGGAGCCUCUAUCUCCUGACUUCUCUGCAUGAGCUCGAGAGCGAGCGAACGGAGCGCCUCAAACGAGCGAAAGAGAGUUACGAUGAGCUACGUGCUCGAAUAGCAAGGAUACCAAAGCGUAAACCCUUACCCGCAGAACAACCCGCAUCCUCAAAGGCGAUGAUACGAACGCGUAAGAACCAUACUGCGCUCACACUUCAUAACCUGCACGCCUACCACGUUCACCUCAACAGUCUACUGAAUGGCCCUGGGAGCGCGGUGACCGUGCAAAGCACGCGCUACAAGUCCCUCUUACCCGCCACGUCGAACGCUCAACUGCUUGAGGAUAUCGCACAGUUGCACGAGGAUGUGACCACCAAACAAACCCACCUCCAACGCCUCUCUGACAUGUCGCUGUCGUACCUGGUUGCCUGCCAGAAAUUGUCCGCCGUGACCUCCGACUUCACCACCCUUGCCGCGCCGGCCCUCUCCGCACCCCUCAGGGCGCAAGCCACCGACGCGAUGGGGCGGGUGGAGGGCUUGAGGGAGAGUAUAGUUGUAUUCAAGUCAAAUGAUCAAAAUUCGGGUCUGAACGACGAUGAUUUGACUCGCAAAGUCAAGGCCCUACUUAAGAUUCACGGCCGCGUUGGGGUGGAGGGGAUACUGAGAGAGUUGAGCUUGGCUACCCAAGUCCGACCGCCGGUCGCUGUCUUUCCAGCUCUUCCCCUGCGAGCCGACGACUCCGAAGUACUUGCAGCCCACUACUCCUCCACCUCCGCACACGAAGCCCGCGCGGUCAAGCUCCUUACGCGCAAGGCCGACAAGGCCGACUACGGUAUCCGAAUCUUGGAAGAUUUGCAACAUGGGAUCAUCGAGGAUGUAAGGAGGGUGGAGGCGGCCAGUCAUAGUAAGAGUAGGUCGGAGGCGAGGGAGAAGGGUGGGACGGCGGCGAGGGCGAAGAAUAGCCGCCAUGGUGGCAGGAAGUAG